AUGUCGUCCUCUUCCUCCUCCGAACAACCUCGAGCCAUAACCUGCAAAGCGGCGGUGGCAUGGCGUGCUGGUGAGCCACUGGUUAUGGAGGAAGUGGAAGUGAGUCCACCUCAACCUCUUGAGAUCAGAAUCAAAGUCGUCUGUACAUCUCUCUGUCGUAGCGACCUCUCUGCUUGGGAGUCUCAGUCUCUUUUCCCCCGAAUAUUUGGCCAUGAAGCGGCAGGUAUAGUGGAGAGCAUAGGGGAAGGCGUAACCGAGUUUGAGAAAGGAGACCACGUGCUCGCUGUAUUCACCGGAGAAUGCGGCUCAUGCCGGCAUUGCCUCUCCGGGAAAAGUAACAUGUGUCAGGUCCUCGGGAUGGAGAGGAAAGGUUUGAUGCAUAGCGACCAGAAGACUCGCUUCUCCAUCAAAGGCAAACCUGUUUACCAUUACUGCGCGGUUUCGAGCUUCAGCGAGUACACAGUGGUUCACUCUGGCUGUGCUGUCAAAGUCGAUCCUCUUGCGCCUCUGCACAAAAUCUGUCUUCUGAGCUGUGGAGCCGCUGCAGGUCUUGGUGCAGCUUGGAAUGUUGCUGAUGUACAAAAAGGCUCGAGCGUUGUGGUAUUUGGUCUUGGAACUGUUGGUCUUUCGGUUGCUCAAGGUGCCAAACUCAGAGGAGCAGCUCAGAUCAUUGGUGUUGAUAUUAACCCAGCUAAAGCUGAACAAGCAAAGACAUUCGGAGUCACUGACUUCAUCAAUUCAAAUGACCUCUCUGAACCCAUACCACAGGUAAUCAAAAGAAUGACAGGAGGAGGUGCGGAUUUCUCAUUUGAAUGUGUCGGUGAUACAGGAGUAGCUACAACUGCUUUACAAUCCUGCUCGGAUGGAUGGGGCAUGACCGUUACUCUAGGUGUACCGAAAGUGAAGCCUGAGGUUUCAGCUCAUUACGGACUCUUUCUCUCUGGGAAAUCUUUGAAAGGGACUCUCUUUGGUGGUUGGAAGCCUAAAUCUGACCUUCCUUCACUCAUUGAAAUGUACAUGAACAAGGAGAUCAUGAUCGAUGAAUUGGUCACGCAUAACCUGGGACUUGAUGAUAUCAACGAAGCUUUUGAGCUUAUGAGAGAAGGAAAGUGUCUGCGUUGUGUUCUUCACAUGCCGAAGUGA